CAAAUUGCCGGCCACGGACGGCUUUAUUGUCUUCUUCUCCCAUCCCUUUUCAUUUUUCAUUCUCUCUCUGCUUCCAACACAUGUCUUCCUCUAGUUCCUCUCCUUCUUGGUCUUUCAUCCACUAUGUUAACCACCUACUGUUAUAGCUUCUUCUCUUAUUCUUCUUCUGCUUCACACUUUUCUAAUAGACAGUACUCCACCCACAGGGCAAUUAGUUGAUGGGCUGUGUUCAGGCCAAAACUUCCAUGAAUUCACCACCUAGAGGUUUGGAGAAGUUGAAAAUGGAUAAUGGGUAUGUGUCAAAAGCGUCCGGACGGAGAUCAACUGGUCAGAGGUACCCGGAUAAGGACUCUGGUCGGGUUUUAAGGCCUGAAUCUGGAAGUAAUAAGGUUUUGUUUGUGAGUGGUGAUGGUGGUGGGGAGGAGAAAUCCAUUAAUAAAGAGGAAAAGAGAGAUGAUGGCGGCAGUGAGGUUUCUCAAGUUAAAGGGAAAGAAAUAGUUGAUGGGUGGCCUAAUUGGCUCACUGAUAAUAUUCCUAAAGCGGCUCUGGCUGGCUUGGUUCCAAGGAGUGCUGAAUCCUUUGAUAAACUCGAUAAGAUAGGCCAGGGCACCUACAGUAAUGUGUAUAAAGCUCGGGACAAAGACACUGGAAAAAUUGUUGCCUUGAAGAAGGUCAGGUUUGAAACAACUGAACCUGAGAGUGUCAAGUUUAUGGCCCGAGAAAUUACGAUACUACGACAGCUGGAUCAUCCCAAUGUCAUAAAGCUUGAAGGGUUGGUAACAUCAAGGAUGCAAUAUAGUCUCUAUUUGGUUUUUGACUUCAUGCAGUCAGAUUUGGCCAGAGUCAUUGCCUGUCCUGAAAGGCUUACCGAACCACAGAUCAAGUGUUAUAUGCAUCAACUGCUCUCUGGUCUGCAGCAUUGCCAUGAGAGGGGGAUUCUACACCGAGACAUAAAGGGGUCCAACCUGUUGAUUGAUAAAGAUGGGAGGCUAAAGAUAGCGGAUUUUGGGCUUGCGAAUCAUUUUUAUCCUAACCGAAAUCAUCCCCUCACAAGCAGGGUUGUGACCCUUUGGUAUAGAGCACCUGAGCUAUUAUUAGGUGCUACAGAUUAUGGAGUUGGCAUUGAUCUAUGGAGUGCUGGGUGUCUCUUGGCAGAGAUGUUCUUGGGGGGGCCAAUUAUGCCUGGUAGGACUGAGGUUGAGCAAAUUCAUAGGAUUUUCAAGUUAUGUGGCACACCCUCAGAGGAAUACUGGAAAAAACUAAGAAUGCCCACAACCUUCCGACCACCACAAAUGUACAAACCUAGUUUGGUUGAAGCUUUCAGGGAUUUUCCUACAUCUUCUUUGGGUCUUUUGAGCACUCUUCUUGCUCUAGACCCUUCAUAUCGUGGUUCGGCACGUUCUGCUCUUCAGAAUGAAUUCUUUCACACAUGGCCGUUGGCGUGUGACCUUACAGGUCUACCUGUAAUUUACAAAGAGGAUGAUGAGGCAGCUCAAGCCAGAGAGCACAGAAAGCCUAGAAGGUCCAAAAUGAAGCAGCAUUCUCGAACAGGUCAUAGGAGAAAGGAUCCAACCGCUGAAAAACCGAAAGGAGAUUCUGGGUCUUCCAAAGAGGAAACCGAAAAGAGUACAGAACGGACCAGCCAGAGUCAGGAGUCCAGGAAUAGCACAGGCAGUGCCUCCUCCAGUGCAAGGCCAGCACUUCAAGAAGAGAGCCCACCCUUUUUGCUCUCCCCAGUUGCAUCCUCUCGUCAAAAGAUGUCCCCAAGAACCCAAGACUAUCCUAAUGCUGGAAACAACAUUAAGAACCUACCUCCAUUACCGAAUUCCAAAACAAGUGCAACCAACCGCAGCAAAGAAAACAAUAACAUGUAUAGAUCGAAUCAUGUUCAUAGGUCUGCAUCCACUAGAGAAUUCCGAAAUUUGGAUCAAAGGAAGCAUUUGAAACCCUAUCCUUUGGAAGAUUAGGCCACUUUAUUUGCUGUAUUUUUAGUUUUUUUUUCUUGGUUCUAUAUAUUUUUUCUCCUCAGAGACCAUAAUAUAAAUGAAUAAAUAUA